UACUCUGUCCUGUGGGGCUACUAUGAGUCAGAAUCUACUCAACGGCAACGAGUUUGUUCUUUACGCUGAAGAUUGCACAUGUACUUAGUAAGCAAGGACCAUAUACUGCAUUACAAAUUAUAUGUGUGUGUGUGUGUAUAUAUACGUGUGUAUAUAGAGAGAGAGGUUAAGUGAAUUUUUGCCUCUCCGCCCCCCUUUUUUUUCCAUUACAAAAAGAAGCCAGCCCCAGACUUUAUUCCCAGUGAAGAAGAGGGAGUAACGGUUUAGAGUCUCCCACAUGAAGCACUUCCGUUCUUUUGAAACCCGGUAUAAGCUCUUGGAGGAGUCCCGCGUUUCCAUCCAAUUUCUUCGAAAAAUAUUAGGCAUCUCAGGCCACAAUUUUUAGAUUUGGUUACAAUCCCCCUAAAAUGGUAAAAACAAAUAAUUUACCCUAUCCUUUCCUCACAGUGGCACCCAAAGUCCAGCCAAAGGGGAGAAAAUUUAGUGGAGUGUUUUGAACUUAAUGUAGUCAGAUAAAUCUGUGUUCGGCCUCUGCUGACCACUCACUAGCUGUAGAAGUCUCGUUAACUAAGAAUCUGGGAGAAACGCACCAGCGCAUGCACGGAGUCUGUGACAAUGGAAGCCUCCUCUUUUUAUUUACCCUGAGUUAGAGUGCCACCCCCCUCCCCCGCAGGGCAAAAGCAGCCUGUCCCGGCAUCCGGGACCCUGGCACCGCGUCGAUGACAUCACUUCCGGAGCGCCAGGUUCGGGCCUUCCUGGGCACUAGAAAAGUCAGUGAGCAGUGUUCGCUCGGGAGGGAAGGUGAAAACUCGCUUCUGUCGCUUACUAAGAAGGAAUUAUCUGUAAAGUAAAUAUGCUGAUAUUGAAUAAGACAGUGAGAGUUUUUUCUAAACCAUCAAAAAGGAAAAUUUAUGAAUUUUUAGGAAGUUUUACUUUCCAUCCUGGAAAACCAUUUCUUCAUAAACUAGUACUGGGAAUUGAAACUAGUUGUGAUGAUACAGCAGCUGCAGUGGUGGAUGAAACUGGAAAUGUGUUGGGAGAAGCAAUACAUUCCCAAACUGAAGUUCAUUUAAAAACAGGUGGGAUUAUUCCUCCAGUAGCACAACGGCUUCACAGAGAAAAUAUUCAACAAAUAGUGCAGGAAGCUCUUUGUGCCAGCAGAGUCUCUCCGAGUGAACUCUCAGCAAUUGCAACUACCAUAAAACCAGGACUUGCUUUAAGCUUGGGAGUAGGUUUAUCAUAUAGCUUACAGCUGGUAGACCAAUUAAAAAAGCCCUUCAUUCCCAUCCAUCAUAUGGAGGCCCAUGCACUUACUAUUAGGUUAACCAAUAAUGUAGAAUUUCCUUUUUUAGUCCUUUUGAUCUCUGGAGGUCACUGUCUCUUGGCAUUAGUUCAAGGAGUUUCAGAUUUUUUGCUCCUUGGAAAGUCUUUGGACAUUGCACCAGGUGACAUGUUUGACAAGGUAGCAAGAAGACUUUGUUUAAGAAAACAUCCAGAGUGCUCCACCAUGAGUGGUGGGAAGGCUAUAGAACAUUUGGCUAAACAAGGAAAUAAAUUGCACUUUGAUCUCAAACCUCCCAUGCAACAUGCUAGAAAUUGUGAUUUUUCUUUUUCUGGACUUCAAAAUGUUGCUGACAAAAUAAUAAAGCAGAAGGAAAAAGAGGAAGGCACUGAGACGGGACAAAUCCUGUCUUCAGCUGCAGACAUUGCUGCUGCAGUACAGCACACAACGGCGUGCCACAUUGCGAGAAGAACACAUCGUGCUGUCCUGUUUUGCCAGCAGAGAGGCUUGUUACCUCAGACUAAUGCAGUACUGGUUGCGUCUGGAGGCGUUGCAAGUAACCUAUAUAUCCGAAAAGCUCUGGAAAUUGUAACCAGUGUAACUCAGUGCACUUUGUUAUGCCCUCCUCCGAGACUGUGCACUGACAAUGGUGUCAUGAUUGCAUGGAACGGCAUUGAAAGAUUACGUGCUGGCUUGGGAGUUUUACACAAUACAGAAGGCAUCCGCUAUGAACCAAAAUGUCCUCUUGGAGUAGACAUAUCAAAAGAAGUUGGAGAAGCUGCCAUAAAAGUACCACGAUUAAAAAUGAAGAUUUGAUAUUUGCUUUACCAAAAAAUCUCUAAAGAGAUUUAAGUUCAGGAUGAAAGUACAACACUGAGGCAAAAUACUCUGAUAAAAUGCCUGGGAAAUUUCAUCAAAUUCCAGCCACUUGGUAUGACUCGGCCCUGUUUCCACCCUGGAAGUCUGGCUUAGCUUUGGAUCAAUUCCAGAGAAACUUUCUGAUACCAAGGUCACGGUAGCACUUCUAGUUCGUUCAGAAUUCUCAAAUGUGCCACAGUCCACUGAAAAAAUGGAUUCCUGCAUCAAAGUUAGAGGCAGCUAGUCUCCCAAAAACUUUUAUGAAAUGUGAAUGAUCAUGGCCAGAUAGGAUCCCCCUGAUCUAGUUGUAUUCUUGUCUGUACCCAUAAUUCUGAUACUGAGUUGGAAUAAAAACAGGUUUUGGUAGGGACAUUUAGAAUGAAGUUUAUCCUCUGGUAUGCAGGGCAUAUAUUCAUAUCAAGGAUAGUUCCCCUGUUUGAUCUUACUUAAAAAAUGUAAAAGCUCCUCUGACAGUCACUAGUUUCACUACAACAUCAAAUAUAGGCACAAUACCUUAAGGAAGGAAGUCCCACUUUCUGUUGCAUCUCAAAUUCCUUUAAAAAUGCAGGGUUAAUACUUGCAUCUCUGCUGAUGUUAUUUCUUAUACGAAUGAACUGAUUAGGCUUGUUCCUGCAUUCCUUUAAUAGGAUUCGGAAAGCAUUUGCGUUGUAAGUUAAGUAGCCAAGAGCACAGGAGCAAGCUGAACGAACCUAAAGGAAGAAGAAACAGUUCUUUCUUAACCAUUGGGCUUUGUUCUUAAAAUGUCCAACCCAACACUCUCAAUAGAUACUUCAUUGGAAAGUCUCUAUAGAUAAGUAGAUACGACAGUUAUGUAUACCAGCCAAUGCCAGUCUACUAUAGAUGAAAGCAUAAGAGCCAUUAUAUAGAAUUAUAUAGAGAGGACUGUUAAGUGCCAUUGAUUUUUAGUAGUUUUCAACCUUGUCUGCAUUUUAAAAUCAACUGGAGAGUUUAAUUAAAAAAAAAAAAAAAGGUGCCCAGACUCCACCCAACUAAAUCAGAAUCUCUCAAAGUAGAACCUGGGCAUCUGUUUUUUUUUUUUAAAGUGCCACAGAUGAUUCUAAUAUGCAGCCAGAGUAAGAACCAUUGAGUUACGUGAAACUAGGACUUCAAACCAGCUCAUUCUGGUUUGAACCCCUGCUGAGAAUUUGCACUUUGUAACAAGUUCCAGGAAGUUGUACCUUAGAAUCACCUGGGGAUCUUGUUAAACUGUAGAUUCUAAUUCAACGUAUCUGGGUCAAAAUGUAAAUUCUCAGCAGGGGGUUGAACCUGAACAGACUGGCUCAAAGCCCUGUAUGAAACUAAGGCAGUGUAUCUCAAUCAUGGUGGUACAUUAGAAUCAUCUAAAUAGCUUUGAAAAUUACAUAUGCCUGGGCCCCAUCCCUAGAAAUUCUGACUUAAUUAUUCUAUGGUACGUCCUGGGCGUGGGAAUUUUUCAAAACUGCCCGGGCAAUGGUAAUAGGAAACCAUGGUUGCAAACUAUUGGACUAAGGGAACAGACUAUAGAAUAAAACUGAUUGAAAAUGAGGAGAGCAACUCACAUUUCCACUGGCAAAAACAAAGCUCAAGUAUCAGGCCACAGGAUUCAAGAAAGAGUGCUUUUAAUCUUUGAAGGCAGUACCCUAUGCGUGGGGCCCUGAAGUAGUUAAGUUGUUCAUAGGAAGUUCUUAGGUAACUUGAUAGUUGGUGGCAUAAAACAGUCCAUAGAAUGCACAUAAAUCAGGUCUAUGGCAGGGUGCCAGAGAGUUGACAUAUUGGUCUUUACACUGGCAUCUAGCUGUUGUAUAUGGUUCUAAGUGUGUGGUCCCUGGACCAGCAGCUUCAGCAUCACCUGGGAACUUGUUAGAAAUGCAAAGUCUAGGGCCCACCUCAGGUGUCCUGGAUCAAAAAUUCUGGGAAUGAUGCCCAGCUAUCUGUAUCUUAACAGGCCCUCCAAGUGAUUCUGAUGUCCCCAAAAGUUUCAGAAACACUGUCUUAGAUUUUGGGGAAAACUCAGAGGCAAACCACUGUUAUGUCAGCAUAGCCUCCUUCUCACGCGCUCACCUGUAUCCCUGCAUGACAGAUUAAGAAAAACUGUGCUAUGAAUUCUACUUUGAUUCAGACCAAAAUUUGUAUAACCCAUGUACUUAUUUGUAAAUUGAAUUUAAUUUCAGCAUUAUAAAUGACUGUAUUUGGUAGAGUUUUUUCUUUUUUAAUUUGGAGACUAUUUGAAUAGGCAUUUCAUUUUGAAAACUUUAAUUAUUGUUGUAUUACACUGCUUUUUUAAUUAAAUCCUAAUUUUAACUCGAAGAUAAAACAAGUACUUUUUGUGGGAGCCAGAAUUAUGAAUGGCAGACAUAACUAAUAAAAAAAAAAAAAAAUAGUACUAGAAAAAUCAUGUAAUUUUAAGUCAGUGUAACAUGAACUAUAUAAUACAACAAACCGGUGAAGAAAUUAGCCCACAGAAGUGAGGGGCAAAUUAUAUUUUUAGCAUAUUCAAUUUUAGAAUGAGCUUUCUUUGUUUUUACCUCUUCUU